GUGCAGUUGAAAGGCUUCCUCCCCUCUGCAGGGUUGCAGAGCAGCAGCAGCGGCGCGGAGGAGAGAGUGAGAGACACAGACGACGCAGGAGACGCUCGCUGGACAUCCUGAAGAAGCAGGAAGACCGCAAAGGUCAAAGGAGAGAGAGAGAGAGAGCGAGAGAGAGAGAGCGAGAGAGAGAGAGAGAGGCUCUCAUCGGUGACCUCAGCUCAGUCGCCGGACACUUAGGGACCGCUCGAGCGCUUCAGGACUGAGGUGAGAUCGAGUCUGUGCUGGAGACUCAGGGUUCGUCGAUCAUGGACGUGUCUGGAGGGUUGUAGGUCGCCGCCGAUCCGAGGAGAUGGAGCUGUGGAGGCAGUGCGCCGGAUGGCUGAUCCAGUGCCGGGUGCUUCCCGAGAACCACAGAGUCACCUGGGACAGCGCACAGGUGUGUGAACUGGCCCAUGCGCUCAGAGAUGGAGUGUUACUCUGUCAGCUGCUCAACAACCUGCUCCCUCAGUCGGUCAACCUGCGUCAGAUCAACCUGCGGCCCCAGAUGUCUCAGUUCUUGUGUCUGAAGAACAUCAGGACGUUCCUGUGCGCCUGUCAGGAGAAAUUUGGCAUGAGGAAGAACGAGCUCUUCGAGGCCUUCGACCUGUUUGACGUCAGGGACUUUGCGAAGGUGAUCGACACGCUGUCCAUACUGUCACAGACACAGCUGGCCCUGCAGAGAGGAUUCCGACCGUUUCCUGAUGAAGCAUGUGUCGGAGAUGAUGACAUCUACACCGGCCUCUCAGACCAGAUCGAUGACACGGUGGAGGAAGAUGAUGAUCUUUAUGACUGUGUGGAGGAAGACGAGAAUGAAGGAGAUGAUAUUUAUGAAGAUCUAAUGAGGACAGAAGAACCAGAAACACAGCAGAAGGUUGAAGUGGACAAGAGGAGCUGCUGUCUUCAGGAGAUCAGACAGACAGAGGAGAAAUACACAAACACACUGGAAUCAAUACUUCAGCACUUUCUGAAACCGCUGCAGCCCUUCCUGCAGCCCGUGGACAUCGAGAACAUCUUCAUCAAUGUUCAGGAUCUGGCCGAGACCCACCGCUCUCUUCUUCACGAGCUGCAGGAGUCCAUUCUUCACCUACGAGCCGAGAACCUCCAUCAGAUCUUCAUCGACUACAAGGAGAGGCUGUUGCUGUAUGGACGUUACUGCAGUCAGGUGGAAGCCGCCACCAAACAUCUGGACAAAAUCACCAGCACUCAUGAAGAUGUGAAGAUGAAACUGGAGGAGUGCUCGAUGCGAGCCAACAGCGGCAGGUUUUCACUCAGAGAUCUGCUGAUGGUCCCCAUGCAGAGAGUCCUGAAGUAUCACCUGCUGCUGCAGGAGCUCAUGAAACACACAGUGGACCAGCAAGAGAAGGAAAACCUGCGCACCGCUCUGGAUGCCAUGAGGGAUCUGGCCCAGUGUGUGAACGAGGUGAAGAGAGACAAUGAGAUCAUCCGUCAGAUCACGACGUUUCAGCUGUGCAUCGAGAACAUGUCUCAGUCUCUGGCGUUAUACGGACGACCCAAAAUAGAUGGAGAAUUCAAGAUCUGCAGUAUGGAGAAGAAAUCCAAACAGGACAGGUACGGCUUUCUCUUCGACAAGGCUCUGUUAGUGUGUAAGAAGCGCAGCGGUGAGAGUCUGGAGCUGAAGGAGCUGAUCGAGCUCCAGCAUUACCAGCUGAGAGAUGAGCCGUCAGGAGAGAAAGACAGCAAGAAGUGGACACACACCUUCCUGCUGAUGGAUCUGUACGGCCAGGGCGGCUACGACCUCUACUUCAAGACGCGCGAGCUGAAGAAGAAGUGGCUGGAGCAGUUUGAGAUGGCUCUGUCCAACAUGUGUCCGGAGAACGGCACGGCUAACGGCCACGACUUCCAGAUGUACUGCUUUGAGGACACCACCUCGUGUAAAGCCUGCCAGAUGCUCCUCAGGGGGAUCUUCUAUCAGGGAUACCGCUGCUCUCGCUGUAAGAUGGCCGCUCAUAAAGAGUGUCUAGGUCGGGUUCCUGCGUGUGGACGAAACUCUGAACUCUCAGGAACUCUCAAGAAGAAUAAAACGAUGAGGUUGGCGUCUCAAAGACAAGCCAAACCAGGUCUGCCGAAGAUGGAGGUGUGUGUGGAUUAUUACGGUCUUCCUCCUCCUCCGCUGGCGUUCGGUCAGCCGCUGCCGCUGUCUGUGGGAGACGUGGUGGAGCUGACCCGCGCCGAAGUGGACCUGCAGUGGUGGGAGGUGAGGGGUCAAGAACACACAUGCUCCAACCAUAACAUGAUGAAGCUGAACACAGUCUGA